AUGUCUGAUAUCGCUCGUCCCGAAUCUCCUGGGUCUGCAGGAGGCGCGUCCAGCUCAUUUGCUGUUUCGAGGCCGCACGGAGCCAAUGCUGUCCGUCGUCGUGCACCUACCGCUCCCCGCCCAAACUCAUCCCGCGCAGCCGGAGCUGGCGGGAGCUCAAACACCAUGUUGAAGCUGUACACGGAUUCAGGGGAUGCUGGGCUGAAAGUGGACCCCUUCGUCGUCGUCGUCCUCUCCAUCUCCUUCAUCGCCUCCAUCUUCUUCCUGCAUAUCACCGCCAAGGUGGUCCGGGCGUUCACAAAGUAG